AUGGGAGACAGCCCCGAGCUGGUUCCCACCGAAGUGGCAACCGAUCUGGAAUCUGACGACAUGCUUCUACCUCAGACUGCUUCUGAGCAAGUUGUUCCGAACGGUGCUCUGGAAGGGGGCGCAGCGGGCACUAAUGUGUUUGAGCCAAACGCCCGAACUCCUUUUGCGGCCGUACCGUUCGCACCACAGUUGCAUAUGUAUCGACAGAAUUUCCAGCAAAACAUCAUGGUCGGUGAAUCUCCGGAACAAACCAGAUCGCUUCUCGGUGAACUUGAAACUGAAGCAGAAAACAGGCACCAGAGGUUCCGCCAGGCUGCCGAAUACGCUCAUGAUCAAAGAAUCGCCAAUGUUGAAGAACGAGCAAAUCGACAGCAUGAGGAGAUCGUUGCACAGCUCGAAUCCGAGAUUGCCACACAACGAUAUCAGUUUAUCGAAGCCAAUCAUCAUCUCGUGUCAGAGCUGCGACAACAACACCAAGUCAUCGCUUUCCAAACGGAACAUUUUUCCAGCGUUAGUUCGCAGAUCACGCAACUUCGAACAACUUUAAUCGAAGAAGCAGAGGAGAACACAAACCCUCAAUGA